AUGAUCCGUUUGGGGAGCUGUGUUGUGCUCAGAGAUUUGCUCCUUGCGGGAUAUCGGAGGCCUUUAAUUGACAGGUCUCUCCGCACUAUAGCAGCUGCUGUGCAUGGAGUGGAAGGAGGAGGAGGGAGCGGCACGAACAGGCUGUGGAUGCCCGCUACAGGGACACCUUGGAGCCGGCGCUUCUGCUCCAAGUCUGAGGAGCCCUCCGAGAAUGCGGCUAAGAUGUCUCAGGCAGAACAAGACGCCGCCGUCCAGGCUGCGAAGGAGGAGAAGAAAAACAAACCAGGACUCCUGCCAAGCCUUGAAGAUUUGCUGUUCUACACAAUUGCUGAAGGUCAAGAAAAAAUACCAGUUCAUAAAUUUAUUACCGCACUGAAAGCUACCGGGCUGCGCACUGCUGAUCCAAGGCUGAAGGAAUGUAUGGAUAUGCUAAGACUGUCUCUUCAAACUACUUCUGAUGGUGUCAUGCUCGACAAGGAACUGUUCAAAAAGUGUGUACAAAGCAACAUUGUGCUGCUCACACAAGCAUUUCGAAGAAAAUUUGUCAUUCCAGAUUUCAUGUCCUUUACCUCACAUAUUGAUGAACUAUAUGAAACUGCCAAAAAAUUGUCCGGUGGGAAGGUUGCAGAUUACAUUCCUCAACUGGCAAAAUUUAGCCCGGAUCUCUGGGGUGCUUCCAUUUGUACAGUGGAUGGUCAAAGGCAUUCAGUGGGUGAUACCAAAGUACCUUUCUGCCUACAGUCUUGUGUGAAGCCUCUGAAAUACGCCAUUGCAGUAAAUGAUCUUAGUACAGAAUAUGUCCACCGAUAUGUUGGGAAGGAACCCAGCGGGUUACGGUUUAACAAGCUCUUUCUUGAUGAAGAUGAUAAACCACACAAUCCAAUGGUGAAUGCUGGUGCUAUUGUGAUCACUUCUUUAAUAAAGCAAGGAGCAGGCAAUGCAGAAAAAUUUGACUAUGUCAUGCAGUUCCUCAAUAAAAUGGCGGGCAAUGAGUAUGUUGGGUUUAGUAAUGCUACGUUCCAGUCUGAGAGAGAAAGUGGAGACAGAAACUUUGCCAUUGGAUAUUAUUUAAAGGAAAAAAAGUGUUUUCCAGAGCACACUGAUAUGGUUGGAACUUUAGACUUUUAUUUCCAGUUGUGUUCCAUUGAAGUGACUUGUGAAUCUGCCAGUGUAAUGGCCGCUACCUUGGCUAAUGGUGGCUUCUGUCCAAUAACAGGAGAAAGGGUGUUGAGCCCAGAAGCAGUGAGGAACACACUAAGCUUAAUGCACUCUUGUGGGAUGUAUGACUUCUCAGGGCAGUUUGCAUUUCAUGUUGGCCUCCCUGCAAAAUCUGGAGUUGGAGGAGGGAUCCUUCUUGUGGUCCCCAAUGUUAUGGGCAUUAUGUGUUGGUCUCCUCCCCUGGAUAAGUUGGGAAAUAGUGUCCGUGGGAUCCAGUUUUGUCAGGACUUGGUAGAACUUUGCAAUUUUCAUAACUACGACAAUUUAAGGCACUUUGCAAAGAAACUCGACCCACGUAGAGAAGGAGGUGACCAGCGGGUAAAAUCUGUGAUAAAUCUUCUAUUUGCUGCAUAUACUGGAGAUGUUUCUGCCCUUCGAAGAUUUGCUUUGUCAGCAAUGGAUAUGGAGCAACGUGAUUAUGAUUCUCGCACAGCAUUGCAUGUAGCAGCAGCAGAAGGUCAUGUUGAAGUUGUGCGCUUUCUCCUGGACGCUUGCAAAGUUAACCCUUUUCCAAAAGACAGAUGGAAUAAUACUCCGAUAGACGAAGCUAUGCACUUUGGACACCAUGAUGUCGUUACAAUCCUUCAAGAAUACCAAAACAAUUAUAAACCUCUGGAGCAACCAAACAGUGAUAAGGAAGAGCAGACUGUUCAAAAGAACCUGGAUGGGUUGCUAUAAGAUUUGAUCACAAAGAUCAUAUAUUUGCACAGGUUGUAGAAUCGGAUAAAGUGUGUGUAUUUUUUAUCUUAUAGUGAUGUAUAUUUUAAAUGAAGACUAUCUUUCAGUGUUAUUUUCCUUGUUGGAUCCUCAGGAUGACAUUUUAAAGAGAAGCAACAAAGGCAUAGCCUCUUUAUUAUCCCCCUAGGGCUGCCAAAGUGAAGCUGUCUGACAGGCUUCCUUGGUAUCAGUGGGUGAAUUUAUGCUGCAUUAAUGUGCUUUCCUAUUACUGUGAGUUUUGUGAAGAGAUGUUUUAGAAAUAGUUGCUAACAAAGUCCACAAAAAAAUGAAGGUGAAAUAUAGACAGCCUUUCAACACAUAUGUAGUCACAAAUAUGUUUAUAUGAGCUAAAACAUACAAUUGGUGGAAGAGAGAAUCCUUCCUUUUUCUGAAAAAGAAAACCUCUAAGGUUGGUAACAACAUAACUGUUUCAACCAAAGGGUAACCUUGCGUUUUGUUGAAAAUGUCUUAUUUAUCUUGUGAUAUCCUUUUCAACAGACUUUCUAGUUCUGUGUGCGAUUACCAUGCGUUUUGUGCUUUCAGAGUACGGUGUGUAACUGUUUCUUGUUUGGUAUGUGAUGUGUAUGGUGGUUUGUAUAAUUUCUAGAACAGCUGUAUGGUGAUAGAACACACGUAAGUGACCAUUCCUAGCAAA